AUGUUCAAGAAAGUUGUGAAAAAUUCCAAGACACCAUUUACAAAUUAUCUGAGUUACCUUGACAAGGAACCACCCAACGAGCGUCUAGCAAUCGGAACAACUACCGAGCUUCCUCCAACACCCCGUUCUUUCAGUGAAAACCAUGAAUUUGUCAAGAUCCUCAAUGAGGUUGUGUCUGAAUAUGGCCACGAAGAUGAAGACCUCAUCAACCAAGCUCGAGCAUUUGCUAGCCCUGGAGGGUUUAACCUGGGGUCGGGAGGAGUCUUCUUCCCUCAGAAACGACCUGAUAGAGGCCGAUCUCGGAAGCAGGGAGCUGGAGGUGGUGCUGGAGGGGAUGGGGCAGGCGGUGCAAGCGCGCAGGGAGGAGCGGGUGGUGGUGGACGAGGAGGAUAUGUUCAUCUCAGCGACAGAAGAAACCCACCAGACUUUGGACGGAUAGCAUGGCCUGAGGAUAUCCUGGGCAGUGUUGAAGUAGAUGAUGCAGGAACAAUCAUUGGCAAGGUACAGCCGAGUGGGACAUAUCGCAUUCUGACCAACGAGGGAAUCCUGGGACUCAGCCCAUUUCUACAAAAAAAGCUGGUUGAACGGUUGAAGCAAGAAGAAGCCAAACAAAAGACCCCGCCGCUCGAUCUCUUUUCGAACCGACCCGCUCGUCUCGCCUUGGCCUUCGGUCAAGGCAUCAUACGUAUCGCCAUGGCUCCCCGAGGCUUCGAGGAUGAGGAGCUCACCAUUUCUCUAUCCUCAUCUCACGUUCGUCGUCCGCAACAACCGCAGUCCCAAUCACAGUCGCAUCAACAGGACGAUUCCCACGAUGCUCCUCAGGCUACUUCCCGCCCCGCCGAUGCGCCGCUCAAGGAAAAGAUCAAGACGGAACAGCGCAUCGGCGCUUACAAGGUCCUUCGAACUCUGGGCGAGGGCUCUUUUGGCAAGGUCAAGCUUGCUAUUCACAACGGCACCGGCCAGCAAGUAGCUCUUAAGAUUAUUGCCCGGAAGAAGCUGAUCAGCCGUGAUAUGGCUGGUCGCGUUGAGCGUGAAAUCGAAUACCUCCAACUGCUGCGACAUCCUCACAUUAUUAAGCUCUUCACGGUUAUCAAAACGCCCAAUGAAAUCAUUAUGGUUCUCGAAUACGCGGGCGGCGAACUAUUCGAUUAUAUUGUUCAGCAUGGUCGAAUGAAGGAGCCCGAGGCUCGUCGUUUCUUCCAGCAGAUGUUAUGUGCUGUCGAAUAUUGUCAUCGCCACAAGAUUGUUCAUCGUGACCUGAAACCCGAAAACUUGCUGCUUGACGAGAACCUCAACGUCAAGAUCGCCGAUUUCGGCCUGAGCAAUAUUAUGACGGAUGGCAAUUUCCUCAAGACAAGCUGUGGCAGUCCAAACUACGCCGCCCCUGAAGUCAUCGGCGGCAAGCUGUAUGCUGGCCCCGAAGUUGACGUCUGGAGUUGCGGUGUUAUUCUUUAUGUUCUUUUGGUCGGUCGACUUCCUUUUGAUGACGAACACAUUCCCAGUCUGUUUGCCAAGAUCGCAAAGGGUACAUACAGUAUACCCCAGUGGAUGCCCAACGGGGCUGCCAAUCUGAUCAAAAAGAUGCUGGUGGUUAAUCCUGUACAUCGUGCUACAAUUGAGGAUAUCCGGGCUGAUCCUUGGUUCACAACCGACCUUCCCGUCUACCUUCAACUUCCCGUCGAAGAGUUCUUUAACACUGGCGUGGACCCUAACAAAGCGAUAAAAAAGAAUGACAUUGCCCCCAACGCCUCAGAAAAGGUUCAAGAAAGACUGCACAACGAGGUCACAGAGAAGAUCAGCAAGACUAUGGGAUAUGGCAAGAGCGAUGUCGAGGAGGCGCUGCAGGCUGCCGAGCCGUCUGCCAUCAAGGAUGCCUACAUGAUUGUGAGAGAAAACAAAAUGAUGCAAGUGAACCAUAACCCCGAAGCCCUGUUAGCAGAGCCAGAGGGAUCAAGUCCCAUGCUUAGCAUGUCUUCAGCACGUUCAACGACCUCGCAGGCCACCACCACCCCUCGCCCCUAUGUGAGCAAGGUUGGUAUUCUGCCUUCCAGUUUACCCGCCUAUCACAAGGACUACAUGGAACGCGAGAAAGCCGGUAGUGUCGAAAACUCGCCCCCCAAAGUACUUAUCAACGAUGAGCCCCUGCUUAACAGAACAGAUGCCGAGAAAGAAGAGACAGCGCGUCGCCUUCGACCUCAUUCAAGGAGUCAGCUGCGGAUGGACGAAGCCAACACCAGGCCCCAAGGCAUGACACCUAUUAACCCUCCGAAGAAGUCUAAGCCUGUACGUUGGCAGUUCGGUAUCCGAUCCCGUAACUCUCCCUGGGAAGCACUCCUUUGUAUCCACAAGGCACUAUACAAGUUGGGGGCAACAUAUAUUCCUGAUGAAGAUUAUGAGGCCAGGACGGCAGAAGAGAGGGCCGAAGCUUCGGGCGAAGGCAGUUUCGCGGAUUCUCAAGACAAUUACCGGGGUUCCACUUUAAGUAUCGAUCCUAAGAAGCGCUACAAUCUUCCCGCCGACCCUUGGCACAUUAAUGUGCGUUGGGAUACUUCUGCUAUCAAAAAGAAGGCUGGCAGUGCGCCUAGUGCACCUAGUACGCCCAGCUCGCCUAGCACACCGGACGGUCAUCAUACUACUUCUAAGGAACCUUUCGUUGCACUGCAUCUGGAUAUACAAAUCUACGAAAUGGAGCACGGCGUUUAUCUCGUCGACUUUAAGUGCUCGGGAUAUGAGACAGCCCACGGCCGGUUGCUUGAGGAGAAGGACGUUACGAGCCCCUUCCCUUUCCUGGACAUGGCUGCUAAGUUGAUCAUGCAGCUUGCAGAGGCCGAUUAA